AUGGGCCAGGGCGAUGAGAGCGAUCGCAUUGUGAUCAAUGUGGGAGGGACUAGGCAUCAGACUUACCGCAGCACCUUACGCACCUUGCCCGGCACUCGGUUGGCCUGGAUCGCGGAGCCGGAUGCCCACAGUCACUUUGACUAUGACCCCCGCACAGAUGAGUUCUUCUUUGACCGGCACCCAGGUGUCUUUGCCCAUAUCCUGAACUACUACCGCACAGGUAAGCUGCACUGCCCAGCAGAUGUCUGUGGACCUCUAUAUGAGGAGGAGCUGGCCUUCUGGGGCAUCGAUGAAACCGAUGUGGAGCCCUGUUGCUGGAUGACCUACAGGCAGCACCGUGAUGCUGAAGAGGCCCUUGACAGUUUUGGUGGGGCACCUCUGGAUAAUAGUGCUGAUGAUGGAGAUGCAGAUGGCACUGGAGACUCAGGUGAUGGUGAGGAGGAGCUGGAGAUGACUAAACGCCUGGCACUCAGUGAUUCUCCAGAUGGAAGGCCUGGGGGCUUUUGGAAGAGGUGGCAGCCCCGUAUCUGGGCACUAUUUGA